AUGUCGAACGCCAAUGUAAAGAGCCUUACGUCCAAAGAUGGCACCACCAUCCACGCGGAUGCGAUUGGCGAUCCUUCGAAGCCGCAUGUGGUCUUCGUGCACGGACUCAGCCUCAGCGGUGCUGUCUUCGACAACCUCUUCACUGAUGCGCGAUACAUCUCGUCCUUCUACUUGGUCCGGUAUGACAUGCGGGGUCACGGACGCUCCGGGAAACCCGAAGCAGAGGAGUAUUACUUGUCAGAGAGAUACGCCGAGGACUAUCUGGCCGUCGCUCGAGCCUUCGAUCUCAAGAAGCCCAUUUUUGUAGGAUGGAGUCUUGGAGCCACCGUUGUCGCCGAUAUAGCCAAGCACCUUCCCCGCGAUACACUCUCGGGUGUCGUAUACCUCAUCGGUCUUCCCUAUAUCGGGAAGAUCAUGCAAGAGGUGGGCACGCCAGCCGUGCUCAGCAUGGCCGGCCUACUGGGGACGAACGACGACGUAACGAAGUAUGUCCAAAAUAAAUUCGACUUUGCCAACUCGGUCUUCACGAACCCCGAUUCAAUCCCGUACGAGAUCAAGACGUACUGGCUUGGCAUCUCCAUGGCUCAGAACCCAAUCGUCGCUCAGCGAGUUCUCAGUCGUCCGCAAGAUGAGAACGCCUUGUUUGCAUGGGGCCAAGAGGGCUUGCCGCUCUUGAUCCUCGCUGGUUCGAAGGACAAGCAGAUGGACGGCCCUGAGCUCAUCAACAAGAUGAAGCCUCAUUUCACGAAUUGCACUGCUCGCAUAUUCGAUGGUCUUGGGCAUGCGUUAUUCUACGAGGAUCCUGAUGCCGUCUACUCGACUAUCUUCGACUUUACGCGCAAGGUCAAGGCUCAUUGA